GUUUACAGGAACAGAAAGAGAAAGACAGACCGAGCAAGAGAGAGACACAGAGAGAGACAGAGUCAGAAAGAGACAGUGUCAGAGAGAGAGCGGAAUAGAUAGGGAGUCAGAGGGAAAGAGAGAGUAAGAAACAGAGUCAGAGAGAGACAGAGGGAGAGACAGUCAAAGAGAGAGAGAGAGUAAGAAAGAGACAGUCAAAGGGAGAGAGAGAGAUAGAUAGAUAGAUAGAUAGAUAGAUAGAUAGAUAGAUAGAUAGAUAGAUAGAUAGUAAGAAAGAGUCAGAGAGAGACAGAGAGAGAGGGAAGGGGGAAAAAGACAGAGUCAGAAAGAGACAGUGUCAGAGAGAGAGAGCGGAAUAGAUAGAGAGUCAGAGGGAAAGAGAGAGUAAGAAACAGAGUCAGAGAGAGACAGAGGGAGAGACAGUCAAAGAGAGAGAGAGUAAGAAAGAGACAGUCAAAGGGAGAGAGAGAGAGAGAUAGUAAGAAAGAGUCGGAGAGAGACAGAGGGAGAUACAGUCAAAGAGAAAGUAAGAAAGAGACAAAGAGAGUCAGAGAGAAAGAGAGACAGAGGGAGAGACAGUCAAAGGGAGAGAGAGCGUAAGAAAGAGACAGUCAGAGGGAGAGAGAGACACACACACACAUGGAGUGAGAGAGUUAGAGAGCAAGAGAGUCAGAGGAAGAGAGAGAGUAAGAAACAGAGUCAGAGAGAGAGACAGAGGGAGAGACAGUCAAAGGAAGAGAGAGAGUAAGAAAGAGACAGAGAGAGUCAGAGAGAGGGGGAUUCACAGAGACAGUCAGAGAGAGGGAGAGAGAUAGAGAUACACACAGAGAGAGAGAGAGUUAGAAAGCAAGAGAGUCAGAAAGAGCCAGAGGGUGAGAGAGUUAGAGAGAGAGAGAAAGAGAGAGGGUGAGUGAGUUAGAGAGAGAGAGACAAAGGGAGAGAGAGAAUCACAGAGAGAGUGAGAGAAAGACCAAGACACAAAGAGAGAGAGAAAAUAUUCCUACAAGUAUAUGGAUGUAUUUAUAUUCAUCUAUACAAACCUUGCCUUUUAACAACGGGCAGUAGAUGAAGAGGUUACAGUCACGUCUCAGCAAGAACCUCAUGUUAUAUAUUCAGAAUAAAAAGACAGAGCUAAUAAGGAUGAUUCUAACACAUUAAAGGCUGUUGUAUCCGAAUAUUGUAACUAUAUAGAAAAUACAAGGAGAAAAGUUCCUGGAAACCUGACCUGUGUGAGACAAAUUGCUUUUGCAUCAAUCAUGGAGAGAGUUACAGGACUCAGAAAGCAGCUUCUGAACCGUAUGGUACAGAUUGCUGUCUGGUGCAUAGCGGAAUCUUACUUAUUUCUAACAGUGGUCAUUCCCAUGUACGUACAGCAUUUGAUCAUAUUGAAUCCAUUUCAAAGGAUUUGGGAUUUUUUUACAAGUUUGAGCUUCAUAUGGACUCUACAAUCAUUCUGGAAUUAUUUUUCAACUAUUGUAUCUGGUAAACAUACUGUGGGCAUCUUCUCGAGGGAUGACCAGUCUAAUUAUAAAUGGCUUCUGGACAUAUUGCAAUCCCGAUACUUUAGCAAUAAUGUGAAUAAAGUGAGACCUGUCUACAUUUUCAACAAUAGACGGCACAAGUUUGAAGAAGAGGUCUCUAAUUGUACAUUUGCUGUUCUGUACCAUACAAAGAACCAAGGAAGAGUCAAUAUCAUAGGUGUACCUGAUUCCCUGUAUGACCAUGAGCUGAAAUAUCUGUCUGCUACUCUUGGAGCAGCAAAUGUAUUUGUCGUAAUUGAUGACUUGGAGGAGAGUGGUCCUGAGGAGAAAAACAGGAUUCUUAAUGCACAAACUAAAAUUAGUGAUAUGGCUCAUGACCUGUUCCUAUUUAAUGAAGAGGAGAAGUUAUUGCUACUAAACCAGUCACCCCAUGAGAGUUGUUUGCCAGAGAAGCUUCAGCGGAUGAGAGACAUCAUGAGUACAGGCAAUGGACGUUUUAAGCUUUUGUUUCCUAUUCUGUGGUUGAUUACUCUUCUUCAAUGGAUUUUUGGAAGAACAGUACAUCCCAGGCUCAAUGAAAACCGUGGUGUAAAUAUUGACAAGACCAUCACACAUCACAGAAUCCAUGAAAUCCGUGGGUUAAAUGUUAACAGGACCGUCACACAUACUGUAGGCAUCUUCUCUCGAGACAGCCAGAGCAGUUAUACUUGGCUAAUACAGAUAUUGCAGUCCCAAUACCUUAGUAAUCAUGUAAAGGAAGUGCGACCUGUCUACAUUUCUAACAAUGGUCAACUCAAGUUCAAAGAAGAGGUCACUAAAUGCACCUUUGCCAUUCUUUACCAUACAAAGAACCGAGGCCGAAUCAACAUCGCAGGAGUAACUGAUUCAUUGUAUGAUGAUGAGCUGGAACAUCUGUCUGAUCGUCUUGAGAAGUCAAAUGUCAUUGUCGUGAUUGAUGACCUUGAUGAGAGUGGCCCUGAGGAGAAAUACAGAAUUAUUCAACAACAACCCAAACUGGGUGAUAUGGCUGAGGAUCUGUUCCUAUUUAAUAAAGUGGAGAAGCAAUCGCUACUACGUAUGCAGGGGAACCAACCACCGCCUGGGAGGAAUUUGCAGGACAAGCUUCAGCGAAUGAGAGAAAUCAUCAGCAGAGGUGCUUAACUACUGAUAUGAGACAAACUGGUCUCCACCACUUUUGUUUAACCCACAGGUGCUUGAUCUGACCAGUUUCACCACUGAUAUGGGACACUCUGUUCUUACUCACUUUUGUUUAACCUACCGGUGCUUCUUUGUGUGCAGUGAUAAAAAACAAUACGUUAUUGGUACCAGAAGUAUUUGCAAAUAUGUGUAUCAAUGUCAUAGGUUUUGACAGCAAGUGGCAAUAAACUAUGAAAAUUAAAGUUAAUGGAAAUUUUUAAAAGUUAAA